AUCUAGACACAUGCACACUGAUUAUAGCUGACAUGGACUUUUAUUGAUAUAAAGUCAAUGUGAUUUCAACUAAUUGUGUUUAAGGAAAAGAUGGAAUCCUUUAAUACACAAAGCUAAAUCUAUGAUAUCGGAAUAUAUAUCGAGUUGAAGAACAUCUAAAAAAUUGCAUUCCAAAUAAAUACAGAACUGUAUAAUGGUUAGUGAAAAUUACAGAACCUUGGCAAGAAAUUACCAGAAUGGAAAGAAUGUUGACACUUCAGUGAAUACACAAUUGCCUUUGGUAAUUCCAAUUGCUGGAGCUAUAUGUGGUACCUUACUUGGAGCUGUUAUAGCAUUUGUUGUCUGGAGAAGAUGUGUAACUAGACGCAGGAAAAACUCAACUUACGAGAAAAUAGUUUCCGAUCAUAAAGCUAGAAUACAAGUUGAGAAUGGACAUCAUGUUCCCAUGUCUUCAUCGGUCAGCAUGCGACAAAUACCUUUCACUGUUCCAAAUCAAAGUGUGGAUGUACGUCGACUGGCCAGAGGAUCGUCCGAGGAAUAUCAACCUUCAGGAGGAUUAUCGGAACCGACAUCGCCUUGUGUAAAAAGACCAUCUGUAGAAAUUCCAGGUGCAUAUGCCUUAGGAUCAAUAGACCCAAGUUUGUAUAAAAUUGUUGAUGAGGAUGACACUUAUGAAAUACCCAUAGAUCAUAUAGGCCGUUUGUGGUUUGCUGUUGAAUAUGAAAGAGAGACAGAAAAAUUACUAGUGACUUUAAUAAAAUCCAAAAAUUUACCAACUCGUCAAUAUGGAAACAAUAGUAGCUGUGAUCCAUUUGUCAGAAUAUAUCUAAUGCCAGAUGAGCGCAGAUACCUUCAGUCCAAAUUUAAGAAGAAAACAAACAACCCCAAAUUUGAGGAGAGUUAUGUCUUUCAGGUUUCCCACAGAACACUUCAGGAUAGAGUAUUAAAAUUUACAGUAUACGACGUUGAUCGUCAUAAACGGCAUAAUGUGAUUGGUCACGCACUUUAUCAACUCAAAGAUUUUGAUGGUGAAAGUAAUGAAAGACUUGUUGUAUGGCGAGAUUUGGAAAAAGAGGUUACCGAAAGUGCCACAGACAAAGGAGAAUUAUUCGUCUCAUUGAGUUACAAUAAUAGUUUAGAAAGGCUCACUGUUGGUAUAUAUGAAGGAAAAGGGUUUAACACAGAUACACCAUGUGAUUCGUAUGUUAAAAUUUGCUUGUUGGUGCAAAACAAAGUGCUGAAGAGUAAGAAAACAGAAGUUGUCAAGAAAACAGACAAUCCAAACUUUAGUGAAUCGUUUACAUUUAAGUUGCCAGUUUCAAAUCUAGAUUCUGCCAGUAUAAACAUAACGGCUAUGCAACACCAAAGUGGAUAUAAAGAUAAAGUAUUUGGACGGGUUAUUCUUGGCUCAUUUAUGUUUGCACGUGGACGUGAACUUGAUCACUGGAAUGAAAUGGUGGCUAACCAAAGAGAACAGACAACGCAAUGGCAUAGUCUUGUUUGAAUAUGUAUGAUGUUUAAUAUGAUUCAAAGACCGAAAAGUUGUGUCAAGUGAUUGUACCAUAAUCAAAAGAAUCAAUGUAUUAUGUAAUUAAAAGAUCAAUUGUAAUGAUAGGUACCACGGCCUGAUAUUUUACUUAUAUUAUGUAACUCGUACAGUCAAUUCAAUUCAAAAUCUGAAAUAAUAACACCGCAAACGCUUCAAAUUAAGUACAUAAGUUAAGUCAUUGAAGAUAUUUUAAAGAUGGAUCAUAGUCAAUAGAAUAUAAACUGAUUGUCGAA